AUGGAGACAAACACUUUAAGGUCAUGGAGACAAACCCUUCUGAGUAAAAAUCUCAUUAGCUGCAUUGUUGCACCAGAUACUGAGAUUUUCUGUGACGGAGAACCUAUCAAGCGUGAAGAUGAGGAAAGAUUAGAUGAGGUGGGCUAUGAUGAUGUUGGAGGUGUUAGGAAGCACAUGGCUCAAAUACGUAAGCUGGUAGAACUUCCUCUUAGACAUCCACAGACAGCUCUUCAAAUCAAUUGGAGUGAAACCCCCUAA